AUGGAGUAUCUCGCCGCGUGGAGGAUGCCGUGGACUGCAGGCUGGUACAGCGAGGAGGAGGUCCACCUGCGGUGCUGGGGGGCACCGUGGCUGGCUCGCUUCGUGGCCACGGAGGUGGGCCUGAGCCUUCUCGCUGGCGCAGCCGCUGGUUCCGGGCAAUCCUUGGGAUACCUGUGCCUGGCAUUGCUGCCGCUCUUCGCCGCCUACUACAGGCACGAGCUUGAUCGACUGCUGCAGAAGCCUCACAGCGAGGACCUAGAGACCUGGCAAACUCAGCAGCUUUUCCUCCAUGGCGUGUCUUGCCUGGCAGCCAGCUUUCAGGUCUCUUGGCUGCGACUUGCACAGUUUGCCGCGUCGCAGCAG